UGGGGGUUGUGACCAGGUUGCAUGGGGCGUCGCAAGCCCCAGCCCCUGUGCUGGGCUGCGAGCCCCGACUUUGGCCGGGUGCGGUGUUGUGAUCCCCAACCCCAACCAGGAGUGGGGCUGUGAGCCCUGAGCUGGGGCAUCCAGGACACAGUGACCCCCAACCCCUGUACUGGAGUGGUCAGGCACAGCCUGACCAUGCAGAGGGUUAUCAGCCGGGAGCACCGUCAGGCACAAGGUGCCGGGGCCCAGAAGUUCCAGCUGCUGCAGCCCCAGAGCAACGUGUCGGUGCCAGUGGGAGAGACUCUCACUCUGAGCUGCUCUGUGACUGGGCUCGCUCCACCAGGACCCAUGAAGUGGUUCAAGGGCUCGGGCAGUGGCCGCCAGCUCGUUUAUGACCAGACGGGAUCAUUCCUCCGGGUGACGCGGGCUGUGAGUGGCUCUAGCACAGACUUCACCAUCCACAUCAGUGACACCCGCCCUGAGGACGCCGGGAUCUAUCACUGUGUGAAGUUUCAGGAGGGGUCGGGACCCGAUGAGGAGUUCAGAUCCGGCGCUGGCACGGCCGUGACUGUGAGCGGUAGGUGGCCGUUAGCCAGCCCAGCUCUCUGGAUCGGGCUCUUCCUGGAGAAGGUGCUGAUUGCCGCCUUCCUCCUCUUCUCCUUCUUCUCCACGAUGGGCACAGGCCCGAGGGCCGUUUCCUGGUUUUCUCGCACCGUCGCUGCCUGCCAAGGUCUCCGUCUGCGCCUCUGUCCCUGCAGGCCAGGCAAUGAGUCCACCACGGAUGCAGCUGCAGUGAGCCCUGCUGGUCGGGCGGAGGGAGCCCAGGCCUGAUGGGAUGUACCCGCCAAACUCACCCACCUCCUGAUGGAGCAGCCGACAGGGAAUCCCUGACCUGGUUCCUGGCCCCUCCGCCCGUCUCUCUGUGCCGUCUGCACUGACCUGCGCUUCAGGGAGCAGAGCGCAAACAAGAGAAAUUUAAUUAUUGAUUUAUUCCUUUCAGAGGGGUGGAAAUGCAAUUUAUUCCUAUGUAACACACGGUGCGGCUGUGAUCCGGUGGCCCCGCAGCAGCACCCCUGAGUCCUGCGGUUCGACCCUGAGCCUCAGACUCUUGCCCCCUGGGCUGGCAGGAGCUGGGCGUUUUGCAGAUGUGACCCUGUGACCUGACUGGAAAGAACUAGUCAUGGGCUGUUACCGCUGGGUCUGCCCCGAGCAAUCUCGGGAGCACCCUGGAGAGGGGGGGUUUAAACAAUAUUGUUCUCUGGGAACAGGCCAUUGGGCCUGACUGGGGGGAUCACAACACAGUGUGAGAAAUGGAAGUUGCCCCCGCCCCUCCCCAUUAAUCACCCACCUCUCUGCUCCGGGCAACCUCCGAAGAACAAACUCACUGUGCACAACUGGGCUGAUGCGAGCAGGGAGCUCACAAUCCACGGAGCUUUAUUAUGCCUCUCCUGCUACUUUCAGACUGGCUGGAGCCUCCUGCCUUCGGGAGCGGGCAGCGGGUAACUCGGUAAUCACUUCCCUUUAAAAAAAACCACAUCGACGAGAGCUGCGCUUACCCGGACACGCAGCGCCUCGGGCUGACCUCCCGCGGGGGCAGGGCGAAUUGUCCCAUGCAGUCAGUCAAGGACAACAUCAAGCAUCUCUGUGGGUGCAGGUUGUGGGGACCUGUGUGGGUUCCUAGUGUUUUGAGAUCUGGGUUUGAUGCCCACAGUCCUGAAAGCCCUGGGGAGCCGGCGGUCGCUCUGUGCAGCAGCGACCUUAACGCCCCCUGAGAGACGUGUCUGUAGUGAGGCGCUAAUGCAAUGGCUGAUCAGUGUGUUGCUGUCUGUAUUGCUUAUAAAGUGCCCCUGCUGUGCUGUGGGCCACUCGACUAACUGGUGUGGAGCUGGGGGCACCGGGCGCUGCAGAAUGGGUUGUGUGGCUCAGUGGGCGGAGUUGAGGG